GUAAUUGGUGUUGGCUAAGCUUAAAGUCGAUCAUUGCUUUUAUUUACCUAGGGACCCUCCCACUGUCAUACUAGGAUCUUGGUAACCUACCUUACUUAACUACCUGACCUACCCUUAGGUAUCUAUUAUUAGAGUUAUUCAUUGCUGUUUCUAUUCAUCAAACACCGGGUCUCAAUAUGCCGUUAUACACUCAGCUACCCGAUACUAUCCAAGAGGUGGAUGUGAUCGUCGCUGGAGGUGGUACUGCCGGCUGUAUCGUUGCGUCUAGACUCGCGGACAAAGACCCCAACUUGAGUAUCUUGGUCAUUGAAAGUGGACCGAACAACUAUAAUGAGACUCUUAUCAUUCACCCGGCCUUUUUCUUCGCCAACUUGGCGCCUGGAUCAAAAUCGGUCGCAUUCAAAGUGGGCAACAAGUCUGAGCAUCUCGCCGGCCGAGAAAUCGUUGUUCCUACAGCCAAUAUCCUUGGCGGUGGUUCUUCCGUGAACUUCUCGCUAUACAGCCGAGCUCAACGUACCGACCUCGACUCUUGGCAGACCCCCGGAUGGUCUGCAGACGAACUACUGCCAUACAUGAAAAGGAUUGAAACAUAUCAAGGUCCGGACUCGAAAGGUCUACAUGGCACUGAUGGCCCAAUUGUCGUUUCCAGUGGCUCGUACCGCGCCAAACGAAUCGAAGAUGACUUCCUCGACGCCCUGAAGGAGGUCGGCUACCCCGAAGUUGAGGAUAUGAACGAUCUGGAUACCUGCAACGGCGCGCAGCGUGCCAUGCGCUACGUCGCCCCAGACGGAAUGAGGCAAGACGUUGCUCAUUCAUACCUUCACCCCAGACUUAGGGACGGAAAGCACCCUAAUCUCCACGUUCUCGUCGAGUCUACAGUGGUGCGACUUGUACUCGAAAACGACCGCGCUGUAGGCGUCAUUUACCGACCGAACUCUGCGUCAUCCGCCGCCGAGGAUCGAACUAUCAAAGCCAAGAAGCAGGUCGUCCUCUCUGCUGGGGCUUUCGGCACUCCAGCUAUCCUAGAAAGGUCUGGAAUCGGCAACCCUGAGAUAUUGAAGAAAGCAGGUGUGCAGCCCGUCGUGGAUCUUCCUGGCGUUGGAAUCGGUUACGAAGAUCAUCAUAUCGUCGGAUACCCCUACCGGUCGAGCUUGAACCCGGACGAAUCCCACGAUGCGAUCAACGGUGGUCGAUUCGAUAUGGAAGACCCCGAGACCCGUAAGCUUCUGGGCUGGAACGCCGCAGACAUUACCUGCAAGCUUCGGCCGACGGAGAGCGACGUUGCCGCGUUGGGUCCCGACUUCCAGAAGGUGUGGGAGAAAGAAUGGAAGCAUAACCCGAACAAACCCAUGAUAGUCAUGGCAGCCUACAAUGCCUUCCCCGGAGUACCCAUUGGCCUCCCCGUCGCGCAAUACUUCGGCCACAACAUAUUCACACCUUACCCCUUCUCGCGCGGCCACGUGCACAUCACGGGGCCGAACCUAGAAGACAAGAUCGACUUCGAGUCCGGCUUCUUCGCGGAUGACGGGGAGAUCGACAUCAAGAUGUGCCGGUGGGCGUACAAGGUGCAGCGGGAGAUCGCGCGGCGCCGGAGCGUGUACCGGGGCGAGGUAGCGCGGGGCCACCCAGCGUUCGCGGCGUCGUCGCAGGCGGCGAUCGUCGAGACGGAAGGGCCCCUCCCCGCGCCCGUCCGCAACAUCGAGUACACGGCGGAGGACGACGCGGCCAUCGACCGGUUCCUGCGCGAGAACGUCCAGACCACCUGGCACUCGCUCGGCACCUGCAAGAUGAACCGGCGCGAGGACCUCGGCGUCGUCGACGCGAGCUUGAACGUCUACGGCGUCGGCGCCCUCAAGAUCGCUGACCUCAGCAUCUUGCCCCGCAAUAUCGGCGCGCACGCCGCGAAUACGGCUAUGGUCAUCGGCGAGAAGGCCGCCGACCUGGUCGCCGACGAGCUAGGGCUCGCGCAGUAAGUACCUAGGUACCUACCUAAGUGAGAAAAAAAAAGGGGGGGGGGACAACUUUAGGUACAUGCGAUAAUGCGCCUAGGCUUUAGCUACAGCACAUCUUAGGUACAAUACCUUUAGAUUAGGUAGUUGGUUGUUGUUAAUCAACACACUGCGUUAGAGGUGCAACUAACUAAACCAACCAACAUACUAUGUACCUAACUUACUGUCUUUUAAUUGUGAUGGCGCGAUAUACAUUAGCUACCUAAACUACUUGGCUUUGAUAACCGGGUGUUGGAAUCCUACUGGUACUCUACGUUGCUUUGCAUAAACUGUAGUCUUGUCUGUAAGGUUACCAUUCCGGGUGCCUGCCCCCUUCCCCUCCCUGUAAUAGAAGAAUCAUUAUGAUUGUUG